AGCAGCCAGCGCGCUCCGCUCCGCUCCCUCUGUGGGCGGUGUUUCAAACGAGCGGAUUCGCGAGGAACGUGGGAGCUGUCAUUGCUGUAAGACACAUUUGCGGAGACCAGCAUCACCGUUGACAGCAAUUACAAGUGCUGGGAUUACGUUCAUUUAAACGAUCACUUCUUGAUAGGUGCCUUCAUAACAUGCUGCUCCACAUAUAAUCAAAUGAAAUUUUCUUUAGAUUCGCCAGAUCUGAAGGGGAAUUUUGGACAGACACAAGCUGAUCAUGAAGUGGGAUAUUUUACUCCUCUCUUGUGUUUUAGAGAAAAAUACCGGAUGCAUCCGUUGAACGAAGGUAUUUUACGCUGGAUUAACAAAGGACAGUAUUUUUGAUACUUACUCUCCGCGCAAAAACACUGAUUUAUUGCCGUUUUGGGGAAACAAAGAUGUUCUUGUGAAUUCACAGGCGAAACAUCGUGUCAUUCGUUUAGCCUGGUGUCUCAAUUGCAAAAUGCUGUGGUGCUGAUGAGAGACUGUUCCUCGAUAACAGUUUUUUUCAUCAACCCAGAAUGACAAACAAAUAGCUCUCCGCUUAAGCGAUGGAAACACUGUGAGGUUUCUUACUGAACUUGAGAAGCAGCAACAGCGACUGCAACAGUCUCGACACCACAGAAAUCAGCACAUAAUAAUGGUAUGGGCUUCUGAAGUCGAUUGGAGCAUGGAGUCCGCACACCAGGCAGGCUAGGAGGUUUUACGAGACACGCUAAGAACCUGUUUUGACCCCCCAUCCUGAAAUGAGGCAAAAUGUUGAUGUGUGACAGAGGAGUCCAAAUGCUCAUCACCACAGUGGGCGCGUUCGCCGCGUUCAGCCUGAUGACUAUCGCUGUGGGAACGGACUACUGGCUGUACUCAAGAGGAGUGUGCCGGGUCAAAAGUAAUAACGAGAACGAGACGAGCAGGAAGAAUGAGGAAGUCAUGACCCACUCCGGACUGUGGAGAACCUGCUGUCUAGAAGGAACAUUUCGAGGUGUCUGUAAGAAGAUUGACCACUUUCCGGAGGAUGCAGAUUAUGAGCAGGAUGCAGCAGAAUAUUUACUACGAGCAGUGAGAGCAUCCAGCAUCUUCCCCAUCAUGAGCGUUGGGCUUCUGUUCAUGGGAGGUUUGUGUGUGGCUGCCAGUGAGUUUUACAGGAGCAGACACAAUGUCAUCCUCAGUGCUGGAAUCUUCUUUGUCUCUGCUGGCCUAAGUAACAUCAUCGGCAUUAUCGUGUACAUAUCCGCCAAUUCGGGCGACCCCGGCCAGAGUGACUCGAAGAAGAGCUACUCAUACGGCUGGUCCUUCUACUUCGGCGCGCUCUCCUUCAUAAUGGCCGAGAUGGUGGGCGUGCUCGCCGUGCACAUGUUCAUCGAGAAACACAGGAAGCUGCGUGCCAAGUCCCGCACCGAGCUGAUCAAGAAGUCGGCCUUCAGUCGCAUCCCCAGCUACCGCUACCGAUUCCGCCGGCGCUCUAGCUGCCGCUCCAGCGAGCCUGCCUCGCGUGAUGCUUCGCCCAUGGGCAAGAGCGGGUACACGGGCCCCGCUGCGGCAGACAUCUCCAUGUACACCCUGUCCAGGGAUCCCUCCAAGGCGGCAAUGGGUGCCUUGCUCAACUCUGAGAGGGAGUUUUUGCAGGCUCACAACUCCAACGCUAAGGACUUCAAAGAUGCGGCCAACAGGAGGACCACUCCAGUCUGAGAAAGUUUAAGCACAGAGGAAGUGCCACGGCCAAGACGUUACAACCACAGACUUGAGCUGGACCCCAGCAGGAAGAAGAAGAAUUCACUCGAGGCCUGCAGGGCUAUAACCCUCUUUCUAUAACAUUAUAUAUAAAUAUAGAUGGUAAUUGUUAGAUCAUUGGUGCUUCCUUUUAAUCCUCAUUUUUCAGUCACUGUUUCUGUCGUUUCACCUGACUCACACAUCCCUCCCCCUAAGGGCUACUCGAGUAGAAUGCUAGUCCUCUCCUCAAUGUCAUUUGUUCUGCGACUGGAGUUCCUGAAGUGGUAGCCCAGCGAAACUGUGAAGCCCUCUGAGGGGGAGGAUUGUAUCGCUUCUGACAGACGAACCGAAAGGCUGUCCCGAUACUCGCCUUAUGCACAGCUCAGUAGCCCAUAGCUGGUGAGUGCUGCCUCACACUCACAAGAUUGUAUACAUUGUUGGUUUCUCUCCUGGGUCGGAAAUUGAGCCCACAACUAGUGCCACUGUCUCAUGCUGAUCACCCCCCACUCAUCCCACCUACACGCUGCCCACAAGCUGCUUGGCCAGGCUCUGCAUGCCAUCCACACAGUUCUGUUAUUUAUUUAUUUAUUUUAUGUUUACUCCCAUUAUUUCCAUUGCAAAAACCCCUGCAUAAACUUUUAUAACAGGGUUAAAAUGCUUGUUAUUAAAUAUGAUCUUUUAGCCCACCAGAGUUUUUUGGUAUUACAUUGUUUUCAUUGAAAUUUUAAUGAUUUACAAUUUUCUGUGAAAUACAAUGAGAAAUCCUUGAUAAGAGGUUUACUGGAGGCCCUUGUGCUUAUUAAUAUGUAUAUUGUGGUCAUUAUUAUACCAUAGAGUUUUUUUUUUUUUUUUUUUUCACCUGUUAGCGAAAGAAAAGCAGUUGGCUGCCAAAUGUAGAUUUCUUAAUUGUCUAUAGUUCAAAUAUUUUUGGAGAAAAUAUUGUUCAUACAUUUACCAAAAGCUGUGCAUCAAGAGUUUAUAAAAAUCAGAAUGUUAUGAAAUCAAAUGGAACUGCCCUGAGUACUUGGACCAUUCACAUAUCACGAAUAGACAAGCCUCUAAAGGGGCUGAUGGUAUUUUCAGGUUCAAGUCUAUACACAAUAACAAAACAACAACAAACGCUAUGCUUAUGAACAUGCAUACAACACUUCUUUGAAAAUAUAUACUGCUCAUUCUAUCUACAUGCUACAUCAAUGCUAUACUGAACUUAACUACAAAAUAUAAAUGUAUACUGUAAUUUAGCUGCUUAGUUAAUGUUAUCAAUAUCAUACUGAUGAAUAUAAACUCCAAGGGCUUUUGGUUUUCAAAUAACAAGCAUACAAGGGCUUUAAAGAAGUUCAGCCAACAGAGAAAACAACAGAUCUGCCCUUAAAAAUAGUUACAUUGAAAAAAAAAGAAAAAUUCUUUACCAUGUAUGCAAAACACAUCCAGAUGUAAUGAUAUAAUGUAUACAGUAAGUUUUCCUUCGCAUCUGUCGCAAUUAUUAAUCCCCUUGUCAGUUAGGUAGACACGGAAGUAGAUCCUGAAGCAUCUAUAAUAAUGUAGUUUUUCCAGAAAUUCACCUCAUUUCAGAACACCCAAGAGCUGACAUGCAUGUACUUUAGCCUCCAGAUUCAUGCAAGCCAGUCAUUCAUCUCCAGUUUUAUUUCAUUCAGCUUACCGAAGUCAUGCUAGCGAUCUGCCGCCUCACUGGGAAUAUUACUGUAAAUGUUGCCUUUUAUUUGGAUCCACUUUAUGUUGUGAAAUUGUGCUGUUCUGGGUCCAAAACUAAGUGUUUCAUAUUUGAAGGAGUCCACCGGAGUGCAUUGGGCACAGCUGAACAGUUUAACCCUUCAAGUCUCUCUCAGAGCACCUAGUGCCUGUCUCUUCUGCCUACUCCGAGCACCCGUCGCUGGGUCUCUCACUUUCGCUCGCUUGCUCCUUCAUCUCCAUCACAGCCUCGCAUCAGCUCCUCUUACCAGGACUGUUAUUGCUCAGCCAAUCACAUCCAUAGAUUCUUAGGCCCUGUCACUCACCACUUAGGCCUGCAACAUUGUGUAUGUGACCUCUCAAUGAAAACAGCAGUCUCAGCUUGAAACAUGCUGUAGAAAAAAGCACACCUUUUAAAUACAGUAGUUUACAUCAAUAAAGAUAAUAGUCGGAGAGAUAUUUAAAGAUUUAGAAAAAUAAAGUCAGUUUUAAGAAUGCCAACAAUGCACUCUUUGUCUUCUUCACAAAAUGUGUGCAAACUGACCUUCAAAUUUGAAAUAAUGAGGAAACGAGAGCAUUGAUGUAUCAUAACUACAGUGUUUUGGUUCAGAAUCAGGGAUGGAAGAAUAUUAAUGUCAACAUGAAAUCAAAAUUGACCCAAUUUACUUUCUUAAUGCACAUUCCAAGUCGGUGCACAUUAUUCCAAAGAAAUUAAUAAAAGCAAACUAUUUGAUUUUCCUUUUCACCUGAUAUCAACAGGUCUCCAGA